AGCCGAUAGCUCGAUUGCUCUAGCCUCUACCGCUGCUCGGAUCUCCGCCCUGCUGCCACCCAAACUCGGGCCGGGCGAAGAAGGGCUGCUCCUCUCCUCUCCCCACGCUGCCAUGCUGGACUUUGCUAUCUUCGCCGUCACUUUCCUGCUGGUCCUAGUGGGGGCCGUGCUUUACCUCUACCCGUCUUCCAGACAGGCUUCAGGUAUCCCAGGGAUGACUCCAACGGAUGAAAAAGAUGGAAACCUCCCAGAUCUCAUCACUAGUGGUAGCUUGCAUGAGUUCCAGGUGAAUCUCCAUGAGAAAUACGGCCCUGUAGUCUCUUUCUGGUUUGGACGACGUCUUGUGAUUAGUCUUGGGUCCAUGGAUCUCCUCAAGCAGCACAUCAACCCCAACAAGACGUCGGAUCCCUUUGAAACGAUGCUGAAGUCCUUGCUGCGGUACCAGUCUGGCCUCGGCGGAGAUGCCGGCGAGAGCUGCUUGAGGAAGAAGCUCUAUGAAAACGGAGUGAACAAGUCUCUGCAGAGCAACUUCCCAGCCAUUCAGAAGCUGUCGGAAGAGCUUCUUGCAAAAUGGCUGUCCUUCCCCGAAUCUCAACAUGUGCCACUCAGUCAGCACAUGCUUGGCUUUUCGAUGAAGGCUGUCACACAAGCCGCAAUGGGCGGCAGGUUCGAGGAUGACCAGGAAGUGAUCCGGUUCCGCAAGAACCACGAUGCGAUCUGGUCAGAAAUCGGAAAGGGCUUCUUGGACGGGUCACUUGACAAAAGCACGACUAGAAAAAAGCUGUAUGAAGAUGCUCUGAUGGAGAUGGAGUUGGUCUUGAAGAAAGUCAUAAAAGAGCGACAGGGGAAGAAGCUCAGCCGAGACAUCUUCUUGGACCCUUUACUGCAGGCGAACCUGAGCGACAAGCAGGUUUUGGAAGACACAAUGAUAUUCUCGCUGGCGGGGUCCAUAAUCACAGCUAAGUUGUGCACCUGGGCAGUUUAUUUCUUGACUACCUCAAAAGAAAUUCAGGAGAAGCUUUACAAGGAGAUGGACCAAGUUCUUGAGAAAGGUCCAGUUACACCUGUGAAAAUUGAGCAGCUCAGAUAUUGCCGGCAGGUUCUGUGUGAGACUGUGAGGACAUCAAGACUGACUCCGAUUGCGGCUCGGCUGCAGGAGCUGGAGGGCAGAGUAGACCAGCAUAUUAUUCCCAAAGAGACUCUCGUGCUGUAUGCGCUCGGUGUGGUGUUACACGACAGCUCGGCCUGGCCGUUGCCCUAUAAAUUUGAUCCAGAUAGAUUCAGUGACGACUCUGCCAUGAAAAACUUCUCCCUUCUGGGUUUCUCAGGGAGCCAGGAAUGCCCUGAACUGAGGUUUGCUUACACGGUAGCUACAAUCCUGCUGACUGUGAUCGUGAGGAAACUCCACUUGCAUGCUGUAGAAGGUCAAGUCGUGGAUACCAGAUAUGAGCUGGUCACCUCGCCAAAGGAGGAAGCCUGGAUAACCAUAUCCAAGAGAAACUGAGGCGAGAGCCGUGGAAUUUUAUUUCAAGAGAAGAAUCCUGUUGGUGCCAUCCGCCGUCUUCCGUUAUCUCACUGUACUGUAGUAAUUUUUAGGCCUUCUUGGCCUAAAAUACUUCCCCUCUUCUUUAAUGAAAAUGGCCUAAGCUAGGGGUGCCGUAUGUCCAGAAUUUCCCAGACAUAACCAGAAUAUGGCAGUCAGAAACAGCGUCUGGGUGAAAAUUGCUGACGUGUCUGGGAAGAUCCGGACGUAUGGCAAUCCAUGUCGGAAGUCUAGAUUUUGGCGAAUUUCCUUAAAAACAGUUCAAAAACGUUUUAUUUUGCAAUAAAAGCUCAACAACUUUUGGCAAAACAAAAAACAAAUAACAGUUCAACAACUUUUUUACUCGACAACCAUUUUUGUGUCCGGAUUUUCACUUUUUGAAAUAUGGCAACUCUACCAAAACACUGAAGAUAAUCAGUUUUGUCUGUAACAAAACUGUAAUAUAAUCUGAAGGGUUGACAGAAGAGGAUAAAUUUAUAGAAUAAAUGUAUUGCAGACUAAGCUCCCACCACUGAAAGCUGGAAAUAAUUAGAGUUGCAAAAUAGCCGCACAUUCUGUUGUAGAUUCUGCAAACUUGUUUUUAUAUAUGAAGGAACACUUUUUAUUCUCACAGGGGCAGGAAUCACUUUUUCAGGACUGUGUCGUUGCAUGGGAAAACACAAUUUUUGGUGUAACGUUUGACGAGUUCUAGCCUUAAUUUAAGCCUUGACUUAGCUACAAAAGACCAAAUGGUUGCAGACUGGCUGUUAAGGUGUGCAAAGGAGGCCAGAAGCCCGCAUUCAAUAAAUCUGUGGGUGAAUAUUCAAGAUCACAUGCAGAAGCACAUUAGUUAGUUACAGCUUCUCAUUUGUAUGCCUAGUCCAGGCUCCAAUCCAGUUUAAGUCAGUUGCGACUAAUCCCCAUUGAAAGCAAUGGAACACGUUCAUUGUAAGUUGGAGACACCCCGUUGCAUUCAAUGGGACUUGGCCGCAACUGACUUAAACUGGAUUGGGACUGAUCAGGUUCAGGAGUGAGGCACAGUGAUUGUAUUGAUGAAUUCUCUUUGUGUGCAGGAGUAGUUCUGAACUGAAUUAAUCCAGAAGAACACACCUAAGGAUGUUGCCUUUUAAUUUUUUUCAACGGAGACUGGGAAGAGCUGCUUUUCUGCCAAACCAGCUGCGCUACCAAUGCAGUGUUUUGUUUUCAAAAGUAGCUCCGAUCAAAAUGAAUCUCUGUUAUGCAUUAUCAUCAACCCAUUUUAUAUACAAAGUUUCCAAUUGUUUUCAGGCCCAGGUGCCUUUUUUAUUUAUUUAUCAGAGUUCCUCUUCCUGCUAACUUUUUAAAUUGUAAUUCUUCUAUCCAUGCAAACAGGCAAAUAAGAACAGUCAGCAAAAUUAGUACACUAAGUUUAAAGGCUUGUGACUGGUUAGCAGCCCCGGAUUUUUCUUUUCUUUCUUUCUUUAC